GACCUCAUCACCUUUGAACAGAAAGAAGAGAUCGAGAUAGCCGUGCUAGAGGAAGACAUUGCCGCCGGCGUCUACCAGAACAUUCCAGCCGACGCGUAUUACGCGGCCCCGGCGGGAGGACAGCUGCCUAGGGAGGAGAUGGACCGGAACCGCAUACGAGAGCGGAAUAGCUGCCUAAGGGAGCGAAGAGACUGAGUAGCGAAUGUGACCCACACGACCCAUUGCGCGAAUGUUGCCCGAACGAUAGAACACAGACGAGGUCCGCUUCAAAGAAGUUCGACUUUCAUUUGUUGAGAUUGUACCCACAAGAGACUGCUCAUAUGAGACGACUCAGUGCGGAGACACAUCAAGCACUCGUUGUAUAUUAUGGUCCUCCGGACAAGGAGUUGAUGAUAAGUAAGUACUUAUCAGAGUGCACUACAACUCGCGUUGUGCUUGUGCAGUUCCAGACAUGAAAAACUGUUCACCCACUAGACUACAACUUCCAGGCAAAGAAAAAUCUCGACCAGCAUACUACGAAAAAUGUGUUGCAGUUACUACACAUGCGUUGCAAAUUUGGCAACCCAAGCUUGUCCGGCAAGACAGAGAAAGAAAACUGGCAAGAGCCGCGCGGGGAUCAACAUAAGGGAUUAAAACCCACUAAUAAAGUAUACGAGGAUCGUCUUAUUUAGCUCUACCUGAUCCUGAUGCAAUCGUGGCGCUCGACAUUACAGACCACGACCUUCUCGCGAUGAAAAUGAAAGAGUCAGCAAAAUCGAAAAGGAAGGAUCCCGACCUGUAGUAGUUGCACACCUGAAACAAUGAAUUUGAAUCUUCAUGUGCUUCUCCAUAAUAGUACUCGUCUCAGGCACGAGCACGACGGGAACGGUCCUGCGCAAAAUUUUUGGCGAAAGAAAAUCAUACUUAUCGAGGUGCAGUAGUCAACUUCUCGCACCGCCAAGCCUAGCGCGGACCUUGAUCCGAG